UCUGUGAUUCUCUCUCUCUCUCUCUCUCUCAGUUCCACUUUCCCUCCUUCCAAGUCUUCAAUGUUUUAAAGCUCUUUGAGCUCUGAGUGACUACUCUAAAAGUCUAAGCUUCUCUUUAUUUCUUGAAAAUUUUCAAUUUCUUACACUUCUGUUUAUUUUUCUGUUUCUUUUUCCUGUCUGAUGUUUACGGCCAUGGAAGUAUUCUGUCAAUUUCAGACCACUCAAAGGUCCAGCAAGAGCCCACUUCAUUAACUUGAGAUUUGGAUUUUAUAGCAACUUUAGAAUAGGCCUUAGUUGAUUAUGAGUCAUUUUCUACUAAUUGUCGAUGGCAUCUGUAAUCAGUAAUGUAUCCCAAUUUAAAGCUUUCAUCUGAGCUUCAAGUUUUCUAGUUCAAACUUCAAACUGAGUAAUGAUUCUUGUUCUUGAGCAAUACUUGCUACGGGAAUCUAGAUUUUUCUAAGGGAAGUGUAGUAUCGGACCGCAUUAGAGAUUGGGAGUCGUCGAUUUUAGUCAUAUGGGGCAGCAGGCGUUUGAUUUGAGGACGGUAUCUGCGUCGAAGACAGUGUGUUCGCUAAUGAGGGCUUGCUCAAAAAUCUUUCCGGGACACCUGGGUGGUGCUAAAAUCACACGGCAGUUCUCUUCUUGUAGAGGUGUUUUUCUGAAGGCUUCUUAUUCAAACACAAGAGCUUCAAACCAAGCUAUUGAUUCAGUUGGCCAAGACAAAUUUGCAGUGGUAAAUGGUUCAUCUAAGAUCUUCAGAGCAAAUGGGACGAGCUCAAUUCCUUUUUCUAGAGAAACAAGUGUACUUGAUGCCUUUCAAGAUCAGUAUGACGGGAUUGUUGUUAAUCCGCAAAGAUUACCAUCUAACCCUCAUGCAUUUGCUUCUGUCCUUCAGUCUUCUCUUUCUCAGUGGGAACAAGAGGGAAAGAAGGGGGUUUGGCUUAAGUUACCUCUGGAACAGUCUGAGCUUGUUCCAAUUGCAGUGAAGCAAGGUUUCCAAUACCACCAUGCAGAGAGAGAAUACAUAAUGUUGACAUACUGGAUACCUGAAGGACCUUGCCUGCUUCCUGCGAAUGCUUCGCAUCAGGUGGGAGUAGGGGGAUUUGUUGUCAAUGAGAAAAAUGAGGUCCUUGUCGUCCAAGAGAAGCACUGUGCCCCAGCAUUUGUUGGUUUUUGGAAAUUACCAACAGGUUUCAUUCUUGAGUCAGAGGAGAUUUUUAUUGGAGCUGUAAGAGAAGUCAAGGAGGAAACCGGUAUUGAUACGGAAUUUGUUGAAGUGAUAGCUUUUAGACAUGUUCAUGAUAUGGCUUUCAAAAAGUCAGAUCUGUUCUUCAUAUGCAUGCUAAGACCGUUAUCAACUGAGAUCAAAGUAGAUGAUCUUGAAGUUCAAGCUGCCAAGUGGAUGCCUCUCACAGAAUUUCUGGAACAACCAGUCAUCCAAGAAGACAACAUGUUCAAGAAAAUCAUUGAUAUCUGCAUUGCGCGGCUGGGGAAGUGUUAUUGUGGAUUAUCUGCCCAUCAAGUGAUCUCAAAAUUUGAUGGGAAGUCAUCCUCUUUGUAUUACAAUGUUGUGCAGGGUUCAGAUUUCAACUGUCCAGCAGUUUGAAGCAAUGAAGCUUCUCUCUCUAGUCCAUUAGGCCCAAGUAAUAUCUAUUUUUUCUUUUUUAUUUGUAUUGCAGUUGUAAGUUGGCAAUGAACUUAUAACGUACACAUUGAGAAGAUGGGACAUAGGCACAUCGCUGCAAGUCUGUGUCUCAAUGCACAGAGUAACACAAUAUAUUCAGGUGUUACAGAUGAUGUAAAACAUGAAUGUCCGACUUAAAAUGUAUAUACACUUGUUCUAUAAAUGCAUUUACUGUACGUGAGUGGAAGUGAAAAACA